AUGGCUGUCUCUUCCCUGAAGUCAACUAUCUUCUUCCUCUCUAUUCUCUUCCUUUGUUUGUCCUUAAUCCUAGCUCAUGGCGGCUCAGACGACGACCAUGACGAAGAGGAGGAGGCUGCGGCGGCCAACCAACCACCUCCGGCCUCCGGAACACCCAUAGUGAAUCUCCGGUCGAAAAGCUUGGUGCUUGUAAAGAUCUACUGUCUUAUAAUACUCUUCUUUAGCACAUUCUUGGCCGGGAUUUCACCAUACUUUUACCGGUGGAACGAGUCGUUUCUCCUCCUGGGAACUCAAUUCUCCGGCGGUAUAUUCCUGGCGACCGCUUUAAUCCAUUUCCUCAGCGACGCCAACGAGACUUUCCGAGCAUUAAAACACAAGGAGUAUCCUUACGCUUUCAUGUUAGCCGUCGGUGGAUAUUGCCUUACGAUGCUCGCAGACGUGGCGGUUACGUUUGUAGCGGCUGGCAUUAAUAACAAUCACGGCAGAGCCGGCGCCGGGGAGUCUAGGGUGGAUGAUGAUGUGGCAGUGAAAGAGGAAGGCCGUCAUGAGAAUGGAAGUGGUGUGGAUGUGAAUCAAGCGAUUGUACGGACAAGUGGUUUUGGAGAUACAGCUUUGCUGAUUCUUGCACUUUGCUUUCACUCCAUCUUUGAGGGUAUCGCCAUUGGUGUAUCAGAUACUAAGAGCGACGCUUGGAGAAACCUAUGGACAAUAUCAAUGCACAAGAUCUUCGCGGCCGUAGCAAUGGGAAUAGCUCUCCUCAAGCUAAUCCCUAAACGACCAUUCUUCCUCACCGUAGCCUACUCCUUCGCCUUUGGGAUUUCGAGUCCCAUAGGCGUCGGGAUUGGGAUUGCCAUCAACUCUACGAGCCAAGGAGCCGUCAGUGACUGGAUUUAUGCGAUCACGAUGAGCCUCGCUUGUGGAGUCUUUGUCUACGUUGCGGUCAACCACCUCAUCUCAAAAGGGUAUAAGCCUCGUGAGGAGUGUUACUUCGACAAGCCAGUAUACAAGUUUCUUGCUGUCUUUCUUGGCGUUGCUUUGCUCUCUACUGUUAUGAUUUGGGAUUGA